UGGAAGAUGCCGACGUCGCCCGCGCUGCUGCUGCUGCUGAUCGUCAGCUUCGCCCGCCUGAGCCUGCAGGUGCUGUCGUCACUGCGCAUGGCUGCGAUCCUGGACGAUCAGACGGUGUGUGGGCGCGGGGAGCGGCUGGCCCUGGCCCUGGCCCGGGAGCACAUCAACGGCAUCAUCGAGGUGCCGGCGAAGGCCCGCGUGGAGGUCGAGAUCUUCGAACUGCAGCGCGACAGCCAGUACGAGACCACUGACACCAUGUGCCAGAUCCUGCCCAAAGGGGUGGUGUCGGUUCUGGGUCCCGCAUCGAGUCCAGCCUCGGCCGCCACCGUCAGCCACAUCUGUGGGGAGAAGGAGAUCCCCCACGUGAAGGUGGGCCCCGAGGAGACCCCCCGGCUGCAGUAUCUUCGCUUCGCCUCCGUCAGCCUCUACCCCAGCAACGAGGACCUGAGCCUGGCCCUGGCCCGGAUCCUGCAGUCCUUCAACUACCCCUCGGCCAGCCUCAUCUGCGCCAAGGCCGAGU